AUGAAGAAGUCUUGCAAGCAAAGUAUCAACGUUGGUCCAGUGGUUGCAGGUGUAAUUGGUAUUAAAAAGCCACAUUAUGAUAUCUGGGGUAAUUCAGUAAAUGUGGCUAGUAGAAUGGAUAGUUCUGGUAUAGCUGGUAAAAUACAAGUGACUGAAGAGACGAAGAAUAUACUGGAAAAAGAAGGCUUUGAAUUUGAGUGUCGAGGAGUGAUAAAAGUAAAAGGCAAAGGCGAUAUGAAGACUUAUUUUAUAAAAGUAUCUGAAGAAGACUUAAAUAUUGACUUCAGUAAAACGUGA